AUGAAUGUUUCAAAAUCAUGUAAUGAAGAUAUCAAUUUACGAACAUCGGAGUCAAACGAAGAAUUCACAGAAAGUCAUUUACCAACGCAAAAAGUAAGGAGACGGCAUCGACUCCCACGUCUGGAUUUUAAUCGAGACUAUUGGCCGAAUAUACCAUUCAUGGGAAGAAAAAGUCCAAGUUCUCAUCAACGCGCCAUUUUGAAUGAAAAUUCAAGUCCAAUAAGCACACUGGAGCGAAAUAUUAAGUCCGGGAAAACUGUGACAGGCAAACCAAGCUUGGAAAGAGUUCUUGCUUUUGGACGUCGAGCGAAACUUUCGCUGUCUAACUUCGGCCGUUGUCUCCAUAAGACCUACAGUACCUCUUCUGAUGACGGAGAGGUUUAUGGCGAAAAGACGGAACCAAAAUUAGAACUUUUGACCUUAACAUCGGUGACUAAUGAGAAUGCAGCUAUACACAGUAAGAGUUUGGAUUCGACUGUAGAAGAAGAGGUGACGAGGGGAACGCCUUGCUUGUUUCCAGUAGUUUAA